GGGGACCCCACCCUAGGAAGCAAGAAUUUUAUUUCAGGGAUUCAAGCCUCUGUCACAUCUGACAAAAGCUGGACAAGAUCUCGUGCUCAGUCAUCACAUCUAUGUAAAUGCUGAAGAUCUGAGAGAGUCAAGAACUGAAGACGAUGAAGGGGAAGAAGACAAACAUUCAAGUGAUACAAAGGAAACCAACUACACUGACCUCAGAUGCGAACUUCAUACAACCCAUUGCUUUAAACAAACCCAAAGCCAGACUAACAGCAAGUGAUACAAUCAUACCAGCAGGGGGCAGUGUAACACUGACCUGCUCUGUGGACAUCGAUGAAGGCUGGAAGAUUUACUGGUUCAGACAAAAGUCAGUGUCUUCUACAGCUCGAUCCAUCAGAAGCAAUAAACCAGAUGGAUUCCUCAGCGUCUCAAAUGAAGGUGUUUACAGCUGCAGAGGAGGAAGAGAAGAUCCAGUUUUCUACACUGAAUACAGCUCAAAGGUCACCAUAAAUGAAACUGUAGCUGUAUCCAGGCCGUUCAACUCUUUAUUUCCUGUCAUGUUGAUCGUUGGGCCAGUUGUUGGAAUCGUUCUCAUUAUUCUCAUGAUUCUCCUGAUCUUGUUGUGGCGCUGCAGACGGUCCAAAGAUUUAAGCAAUAUCAGAUUGAAUCAAGCAGAGACCCAGAAUGACGGUUCUGUUUACAGCUCUCUGCUUCAUGGUGACUCUUCCCUCUAUGAGACAAUCCAACUCAGCAGAACCUCAGGAAACGUUUCAGCAGAGAGGAUUCAUCAUCCAGCAGAAGAUCCUGACUAUGAUAAUGUUGACCAAGGAAAAUAACUCUGCAGCAACAGAAGCAGCAGUGCUGAAUGAUCCUCCUGCAUGAGUGAAACGCUGUUUCCUGGGAUAGUCUUGUGUUUUUAUAUGGUUUUACUGCAAAUCUGUAAACUAAAAUGGAUUAAAAAAAAAUUUUUUUUGCUUACAUGCACUGUUCAUUAUCUAUCAGUGUGACAAGUGUUUCAGUGUGUUUACCAUUUUUCCCUUAUUCUUAUUUUUGAUUCAUUUAUUCCUUCUGUAGUUGGUCAUAAUGCUUACAUUUAAACAUUAUUUUGCAACUUUGCUUCACUCUCUAUCCCGGGUUUGUUUGUGUUAGCAUUAUGUUGUAGUUUCCAUCUAUGUAUAUGUUUUGGUUAAAGCUAAUGCUUCUGGACCAUUGAAUGAAUUUGUUUCUUUUGUUUCAAGGUAAAUUACUUGUUUUCCUUUUCGCGUGUCCUUUGUAGAUCUGCAGCAGGGCAGGUGCAUGGGAGGGGCCGGCCCAGUAUUUCCUGCUUAAAUGGCUGGAUGAUGUCAUCGAUUACAUGGCUGGGUUCUCCCAAUUACAGUGUUUUCUUUUGUGUUUUGUUUUUUCUUUACAGGAACAUUUUGAAUUGUCCCUUAUUACAUGGUUUCUUUUGAAGACCAUUUAAUUUUGUAAAUGAGUUUGUAAAUUAGAUUAAUAAUCUUAUUACCAUUUCUCUGUCUAGAUUUUGUUUGGUUUGACUUGUUUCAUUGUGGUUUAGUCCAAUCAGAGCCAAAUAAUGUAAUAAACUUAAUCAGAAGAAUCUGGAACCGGUGGCUAGUGCUGUUUGUUUUGUUCACCUU